CGGGACGCAGCCGGAACCGUCAGCUUCUAGGUCAGUCAUGGAGAGCCCGGGGCCCGUCGCGCGGUGCCCCGUGCAGGAGCAGCGUGCUCGUUGGGAGCGGAAGCGCGCCCGCACCGCUCGGGAGCUGCUGGAGACCGAGAGGCGCUACCAGGAACAACUGGGGCUGGUGGCCACGUACUUCUUGGGGAUCCUGAAAGCCAAGGGGACCCUGCGACCCCCGGAGCGCCAGGCCCUGUUUGGUUCUUGGGAACUCAUCUAUGGCGCCAGCCAAGAGCUGCUUCCCUACCUGGAGGAAGGGUACUGGGGACAGGGGCUAGAGGGCUUCUGUCCCCACCUGGAGCUCUACACCCAAUUUGCUGCUAAUGCAGAACGAUCCCGGACCACCUUACAGGAACAGCUAAAGAAAAACAGACGUUUCCGGAGGUUUGUGCGGCUUCAGGAAGGCCGCCCUGAGUUUGGGGGCCUUCAGCUCCAGGACCUGCUCCCCCUACCUCUGCAGAGGCUUCAGCAGUAUGAGAAUCUCGCCAAUGCUUUGGCUGAAAACACAGGUCCCAACAGCCCUGACCACCAACAGCUCACACGGGCUGCCCGGCUAAUAAGUCAGACUGCCCAGAGAGUCCAUGCCAUUGGUCAGAAACAGAAGAAUGACCAGCACCUCCGGCGUGUCCAGGCUCUGCUCAGUGGACGCCAGGCAAAGGGGCUUACCUCAGGACGCUGGUUUCUACAUCAGGGCUGGCUGUUGGUGGUACCUUCCACUGGGGAGCCUCGACCCCGAAUGUUCUUCCUCUUCUCUGAUGUGCUCCUUAUGGCCAAGCCUCGACCCCCACUGCACCUGAAAAGUGGCACCUUUGCUUGUAGGGCCCUCUACCCCAUGGCCCAAUGUCAACUCCAAAGAGUCUUUGGACACUCAGGAGGCCCUUGUGGUGGACUGCUCAGUCUGUCCUUCCCCCAUGAGAAGCUACUGCUUAUGUCCACAGACCAGGAAGAGCUGUCACGUUGGUACCACAGCCUAACUUUGGCUAUCAGCAGCAAGAACUAGAGGACUCUCAGCCAGGACUCACACAAAUUCUGGAACUCAGGAUAUUCAGGGAUAGGUCAGAGCCAGAAGCCCAAAGGAAUCUUCUGCACUAAACAAAGUAUAAAACCCUUCAGAGUUGAACAAGCUACUCUAGGACAUUUGACCAGCUCUUAAGAAUUAGAAAAGCAACUCCAAUGCAACUGAAUCUUUGCUGAACCAGAUCCUUCGAUACUGAUGCAGCGUUAUGAGGCCAAGUGAAUGCUGACUGUGGCUAUUUAUUCACUUUGCAGCUUUGUAAAAGUUGCUAUUUUUGUAUUAUGUACAGUUUCUUUUUCUUGAGGCAGGGUCUCACUGUGUAGUUCAAGCUGGCUUCAAACUUAACAACCCUCUGGCUUCACUUUGAGUCCUAGGAUACAGGCACAUACCACUAUACCUAGCUGUUAUGUACAACUCCUAUAAUUUAUUUUCCCACUGGAUUUUAAUAAAGUGGUGUUUUGUUUU